UCACAUUUCAAAUAUAUAACUCAAAAAAUUUACCCAAAAUCCACCUUUCAAUGGCAGAUUUCGAACCUCCAUCGUUCUCUCUAGGGCUCGAUUUCGAACCUCCAUCGUUCUCUCUAGGGCUUGAUUUCGACCUUGAUUCGGAGCCCCAGUCUACUGUUCUACCAAAACCCUCGGUGAGCUUAAGGACAAUCAAUGAAGUUGAUGAUGAUGAUGAUGAUUUUGAAUUUCCGAAAUUGGUUACGGAUCCGCAAGUUUCGGAUCCACCUAGUUCUCUCAAACGCCUUCGUCGCGGGUCCAUUUCAAAAUCCGAACCGGCGGCUCAAAAGUUGAAGCUAGGAGAGACAUGGUGUAAUGUGGACGAUGAUAUUGAAGAUUUUUCUUCUCAGGAGGAUGAGCCUAAGGAUCAUCCAAAAUAUCACAGUUCCGUGUGUAGCAGUUCAAAAAUCUCGUUACAGGGGCAAAGGGUAUUAUCCUCGCAAUCUGUAAGCAGAUGUACAGGAAGGAAGAAAGAGGCUUCAAAUGUUUCUUCCAUUCACCAGAGUAUGGAAACUAACCCUAGUAAUUUGGUCUUCCCAGAGCUAACUAUUAGUCCAUUGAGAAGGUUCCAGUUGAUUGACUCUGAUUCUGAUGAGCCUUCCAAAAGUGAAUUUGUGGAAAGAGAAUCAGAUCAUGUGGAUUCUCCUUUGAGCGGUAAUCGACAGCAUAGUAAUGCAGAUUUAAGUUGCCAGAGAAAAACAGGACCUUCUACUGGAACGUUAAAGACUAAAGAUCUGUGGGAGGACUUCUGUUCAGAUACGGCUUUUAAUUUUCAUACACCUGCUCUUGAUGAGGUUUGUGUGGAAUAUUUCAAAUCGGUAAAAGAUGGAAAAAGAACUCAGACUACUAAGAGUGGUUUAACUGAAAGUAACAUGCAACCUCAGGGCCCUCUUCUCCCUGCUCACUGCUACUUUUUCCAUAAAGAUCCAAGAAUCCAAAAGCUAGUUCGUGAUCGUUUGCCUAACUUUUUUCCCUUGGGUGCUUACAAUAUUCCUGGAGAAAACCAAGAUGAUGCAUCAGUUAUAGAUUACAUGGGUCAAUUUUGUCAUGAAGGAGGCUCUAAAAGGACUGCUCAGAAAUCUGCUGAUGCAACAAACUCUAGAAAGAGCAGAAAGAAUGUGAAACAACCAAAUAACGUGGAAGAUUCACAAGGAUCCGAGAGAUGGGUGAACCCUAAGAGCUCUGCUGCUAUUCCAAAAGAUGCUGGCAGGAGAAGGGUGCAGGCAGUUGGCAAAUCUGCAGGUCAUUGGUACACAAAUGGAGAUGGAAGGAAAGUUUAUGUUGCCAACAAUGGACAGGAGUUUUCUGGCCAAAGUGCAUAUAGAUGUUACAGAAAGGAGAGUGGAGGGCAUAAUAAAUCAACAAAGAAGACUGCUGGUCGCAAAAGGAAGGCAGCUUCAAAGAAGAAAUAGAACCUCUGUAGAAACGAAUAUGUGCUGUGUACUUGCCAUGCUCAUGUUAAUAUGUUCUGGAAAAGAAGUUUUGUAUCAACCAAGUAUUGUAUACUAGUAAUUUGGUUUUCUAUGAUGAACAAAUAAUAGAAAAAAACUCUAUUCUUGAUGUUUGUAUCAACCUCUGCUCUAUUCUGUACUACGUUGGAAGUAUAACGAGGAUGUAAAUAACAAUGUUUGUACUUGGGAGGACUAAUCAAUGGUGGAGCUUGGUCGAAA